AUGACUAUCUCUACUUGGCUCGCCGGUUCCACUCGUCGCUCCACGAGGGGCGCAAUCCGACGCGAUGAUUUCCUCCACAGUCCAGUACUAAAGGCGAGGAAAGAUAGAACAUAUGCUCUUGCUUUUGCUCUUGCUCUUGCUCUUGCUCUUGCUCUUGCUCUUGCUCUUGCUCUUGACUAUGGGAUGUCUGACUUGAGAGUCUUAGAUGCUCAGAAAGAAGACUUUGACGCCUCUACCAGAGAGCAACUCUGA